AUGUUAAGUUCUAAGGCAGGAAUAGAUCAUGUGUUACGUUAGUUCACCAACAAGAGAGUUUUAAUCAGAGUUGAUUUCAAUGUGCCCAUCAAGGAAGGCAAAGUGAAGAAUGCCACAAGAAUCCAAGGAGCUAUCCCUACUUUGAAAAAGAUUCUAGAAUAGAAUCCCAAGAAUGUGACUUUGAUGUCUCAUAUGGGUAGACCAGACGGAAAAAGAGUUGAAAAGGAUUCACUUAAGAUAGUGGUUCCUAAACUAGAGGAAUUGUUGGGCACUAAGAUUAAUUUUGUUAAUGAUUGUGUUGGAUCAGAGGCAGUUGAAGCCUCAAAUGCUGGAAAUGGAUAGAUCAAUUUAUUAGAAAAUCUUAGAUUCCACAUUCAAGAAGAAGGAAAAGGUCUUGAUGCCAAUGGAGCCAAGAUCAAGGCUGACAAAGAGAGUGUUAAGAAAUUUAGAAAGGAAUUAUCAUCUUUGGGAGACAUUUAUGUUAAUGAUGCAUUUGGUACAGCACAUAGAGCUCACUCAUCCAUGGUUGGAAUUGAUCACAAAGUGAGAGUUGCUGGUUAUUUGAUGAAGAAGGAACUUGAUUAUUUUGCUAGAGCCUUAGAAACACCAUAAAGACCAUUCCUUGUUAUCUUAGGAGGGGCUAAAGUAGCUGACAAAAUUCAAUUGAUUAAAUCUAUGCUUGAUAAAGUAGACGAAAUGAUCAUUGGUGGAGGUAUGGCCUUUACAUUCCUUAAAAAAAUACACAAUGUUCCCAUUGGAAAAUCACUCUUUGAUGAAGAAGGAUAUAAAAUUGUUGAUGAAACUCUUGCUAAAGCUAAAGAGAAGAAUGUUAAGAUUCAUCUUCCAACUGAUUUCGUAUGUGGAACUGGAUUGGAUGCCUCAAGCCCAGUUGCUUUACAUGAUCUUAAAUCAGGAAUUCCAGAUGGAUGGUUGGGUUUAGAUGCUGGACAAUUGACAUAAAGAGAAAAUGCUGAAGCUAUUGGCAGAGCUAAAACAAUUGUUUGGAAUGGACCUUAAGGUGCUUUUGAAAUUGAAUAAUUCAAGAAUGGAUCAGUUAGUAUGUUGAAUGCCUUAGUGAAAUAAACAUAGAGUGGAGCUACUACAAUUGUUGGUGGUGGAGACACAGUUAAUCUUGUUGGUGCUAAUAAGGCAAAUGAUAAACUCAGUCAUGUUUCUACAGGCGGUGGUGCUUCUUUGGAAUUGUUGGAAGGUAAGAUCUUGCCAGGUGUAGAAUAUCUUACAAAUAUUAAAGAUUUAUGAUCAUAAAAUUAUAUACAUCCAAAGUUAUUAUUAACAAUUUAUAUCGU